AUGCCAGAAACAUUAAACUCAGUACACCAUUUAAUUCGUGCUUCUGCUGGCACAGGAAAAACGUAUGAACUCACAACACGUAUUUUAGAUUUAUUACUACAAGGUAUUCAGCCAGAUACGUUACUUGUGACAACAUUUACACGUAAAGCUGCUUUUGAGAUUACUCAACGUCUAUUAGAACGGCUAGCUAACGCUAAACUUAAUCCUGAUGGUCGUCAGGUUUUGAGUGAUGCUGUUGGACGUAAAAUCACAUCAACACAACUUGACCAAACGAUUCUGAUGCUUCGUAAUUAUCUUGGUCGUUUACAAAUUGGAACGAUAGACAGUUUUUUUGCACGUAUUGCUUCGGGCUUUCAUUGGGAUUUGGAUUUACCAGCUGGUUGGCGUAUUGGUGAAACCACGAAGCUGGCCAAUAUUGAACUAGAAACCAUUGACCAUCUAUUAAAUACAGCGCCCUUAGAGCAAACAUUAAUCGCGUUGGCAGAACUGAAUGAACGUAAAGCAAAACGGCCUGUGAUGAACAAAGUUCUUGAUGUUGUACAAACGUUACGUGAUCACUUACCACGACUAGAAAAAGCUAACCAUGACAAUGCUUGGCAUUGGUUUCCUUCAACUCUCACUGAACCUACAGAAACCGAUAUUGUGACAUUGAUUACGGCGUUAGAAAAUGUCGUUUUACCUCGCACCAAAACAGGAAAGAUAGAUAAACGUUUUGACAAGGCUGUCAAACAACUUAUCCAAAUGUUAACUCAACGAGAAUGGGAGCAACUAACGCAAAAAGGGCUUUUACCAAAUAGUUUACAACCGGAAAAAACAUUUUAUAAUCGGCCUAUCCCUGAUCAGCUCAUAGAGCUUUUACAAGAAAUCUCGACAUUGACAUUUAGAGCCUUAGGCUCACGCCAUAGUGCUAAAAAUAGCGCAGCGGCUUUUUUACUAACGACAUUUGUAACAUCUUACCGUUUACAACGUUUGCGAUAUGGUGUUGUCAAUUUUGGUGAUAUUACACGGGCGAUUCAGUCUCUUGGACAAAUGCCACUUCAGGACCUAUUUUAUCGCCUUGAUGGUUUCAUACAUCAUGUUCUUAUUGAUGAAUUUCAAGAUACAUCUUAUGCCCAAUGGUCAAUAUUGCAGCCUAUUCUUGAUGAAAUUUUUGCAACUGCUGAUGGUACAAGAAGUGCUUUUUUGGUCGGUGAUACAAAACAAGCAAUCUAUCGUUGGCGUGGUGGAAGCCAUGAGCUUUUUGAUGUUAUUGCUCAGACUUAUGCGGUGCAAGAAUCGACAAAAUCACGUAGCUUUCGUUCUUCACAAAUUAUCUUAGAUACUGUCAACUGUAUUUUUCAAAAUUUACAUCUAGUUUCUUUGAUUGACCCAAGCACCCAAGAUGACCAUGCUCAACGAAAACAAGAGGCUUUUAUGCUUGCUGCUACAGCCUGGCAACAGAGCUAUCCGAAACAUGAAGCUGCUGAGCUAAAACCUGGCUAUGUUUGUAUUGAAACAGUCGAGCAACAAGAUGAUGAUAAUGAGCUACGAUUUGAACUAGCCGUACAGCGUGCUGAUAGCCUUUUAGAACUUAAUUCUAAUCUUUCUAUUGGCAUACUUACGCGUAGUAACCGUAGUGUUUUGGCAUUACAAGAAGCGUUCCGUCAAGGCCAAAGGGAUGAUCGACUAAUCGCUGUACUCAUUGCUCUUUUUCAUGUUGCAGACCAUCCAACAGACCAAGCAUCUUGGUAUCUUUUGGAACACUCAUUAUUGCUUCCAGCUUUACACCGUUUUUUAGGCACAACAUCUAAGAGCUCAAGAACAGAAAUUGCUUUUGAACUGAGAUAUUUCUCAACACAUCACGGUAUCGGAAAGCUCUUGACGUCAUUAAUUGAACAGCUGAGAAACACCUGUUCUAAUCAACAUUUACGCUGUUUAAAGCGUCUAGCUAAAGAUGCUUUAGUCUUUGAUCUAGAGCCUUGGCAUCGUGUUUCCGAUUUUGGACGUUUUGUUCGUUUACAAAACGAUCAUGAUCUGGUUUCUACCGCCAAGGCGAUACAGGUUAUGACAAUCCAUCAAGCAAAAGGGUUACAGUUUGAUGCUGUCAUUUUGCCUGAUUUGGAUACAAAACUGGUACAAGCCCCACCAGCAGUUACUUUAAUUGAACAUCGACAGAAACAACAACUUCAAUUAGAAGGGUUCAUGCUAAGACCUUCAAAGGCACUACUGCGUGUAGCUCCAGAGCCUAUUAGGCAAGCUGUUCUUCUAGAUGAUUAUCGCGAUUUUCACGAAUCGCUUUCUAUUUUAUAUGUUGCCCUUACACGGGCAAAGCAUGAGCUAUAUAUCUGUUUGAAUGCUAAAAGUAAACCUGACCAUUUUUCUAAUAUUAUUCGGACAACAUGUUUACAACAGCACCCGGAAGGUGAGCCGUUAUCAAUAGGUGAUUCUAAGUGGCCCCAUCAACUUAAACAGACAAUAACACCAUCUCAACAACCAUCAAUAUCGCUUCCAACUUUAGAAGAAUCUGUUCAAAAACCACUUAUGCGCCUUGAGCAUAAACAACCCUCAAAUGGUACGCAAACGUCACAACCCUUUGCCUCAGAUUCAUUUAAGAACCAUAACAGAACACUACAUGAAUUUGGGAAUGAAGUUCAUAAGGCUUUGGAACAACUUACUUGGCUAUCUCCUCCUAUUACGAAACACUCAUUUCAUCAUACGAAAGCUAUUCAUAUUUAUUUACAACAAGCUUUUAGCCAGCAGGAUAUUGCAAACCAUUUUCAACAGGCUUAUUAUCAAACGCAUUUAGGUUGGCAAGAUUUAUCUAUCUCUGUUGAAACUGAACGACGUUUUGCGGUCUUAUUAAAUAAAACAGUAUUAAGUGGUACAAUUGACCGCCUUAUUCUUGGCUCAACUUCGGCACAAAUCACUAGAGCUGAAAUCAUUGAUUUCAAGACAGAUGCUGUAACAGAAACAACUUUACAUGAAAAAAUUGAUCUCUAUCGCCCGCAGCUGACAGCUUAUCAACAGGCUAUAGCACAACUGUACCGGCUCUCCCCUGAGGCUAUUACAACUAAGUUAUUCUUUUUGGGAAUAGGACAAGUUUGUGAGGUUGAUUUUUAA